AUGGCAGAACAGGAGACCAUCCUCAAGAUCAGCAGGAACCUGAAAAAUGCCGUCUCUGCCAUCCUCCAGGGAUACGGGGAUGGGCAGGGGCCAGUAACAGAUGCCAGCGCUGAGCUACACAGACUCUGUGGCUGCCUGGAGCUGCUACUGCAGUUUGAGCAGAGGGAGCAGAGGAGCUUCCUGGGGGCUCGGAAGGAUUACUGGGACUUCCUGUUCACUGCCCUUCGACGGCAGCGGGGAUACACAGAGCAAAUGAGCUUCAUAUGCUCACAGGACAAGCUGAAGACCUCGCUAGGAAAAGGCCGGGCCUUUAUCCGCCUCUGCCUUGCUCAUGGCCAGCUGGCUGAGUCGAUGCAGCUGUGCCUCCUGAACCCGCAACUCACCAGGGAAUGGUAUGGCCCUCGGAGCCCUCUGUUGUGCCCCGAGCUCCAGGAAGACAUCUUGGACUCUCUCUAUGCCCUCAAUGGAAUUGCCUUCAACCUGGACCUGCAGCGGCCAGACCUGGAUGAAGCCUGGCCCAUGUUCUCAGAAUCCCGCUGUUCCAGUCCCAGUCGGACCUGGGAAAGAAGACCCAGAAAACUCAAAGGUUUUCCAGAGGAGGUGAGAUGCUCCAGGGGAAAACAGCUGCAGGAACCGGACACUGGAGGAACCAGCUGUCUGCAAGAUGCAACCAGAGAAGACAGCCCACCUGACCUCCCUAUCCCAUUGCAACAUAGCCAUCUUCCCACCUUUCUGGAAGAGAAGAGGGAGGAUUCCAGAAGCCUCAGUUGUACCCAGAGCAUUUGGGAAACAGAAAAGAAAGGAUUUCAGCUAGACCAGAAGGAGGGAGGCCCAAAGACCAGGAAAUUCCUGGAAAACUCAACAGCCAGCAUCCAGCAACAGGGGGGCAGAGCUAAGAACGUUCAAAUGCAGCUGACAGGAAGGAAAGAUGAAGGACAGGGAAGUCUUCCAGGGACAGAAGUUUGGAGAACAACAGAAAGGAUCCAGAAAAGGGCAGCAGAUUGGGCCCAUGACCAGGGGCUGCUGGCCUCCACCCUUCAGGGAAGGGAAGAAGAUGCAGAGUUAGGGAACAGACAUGGGUGGGAUCAGCCAGGUGUUCCCGGGCAAUCCUGGGUCCUGGGAACAAAGAAAGGUUCCACCCCAGAGAAGCCACAAGAGUGGACAAGAGUGAUCAAUGUAACCAUGCAGGAAGAUGGAGAAGAAGUGUCCUUGCAGCAGGAGGUGAACAAGGACCUCAGGUAUGGGCUCCAGCUGGCAGAGGAACAGGCCCAGUGCCAGGAGCAGCUGCGAGCACAGGAAGAACUGCAGGUGCUCCAGGAACAGCUCAGCAGGUGUCAGGAAGAAAGAGCCCUGUUGCAAGCGAUGCUGGAGCAGAAGCAGCAGGAGGCUGAGAGGAGGGAUGCCAUGUAUCAGAAGGAGCUUGAAGGGCAGAGGGACCUGGUCCAGGCCAUGAAAAGGAGAGUGUUGGAACUGAUUCAUGAGAAGGACCACCAAUGGCAAAGACUCCAGCAGCUGUCUGCUGUGGCCCCUGGACACUGCGUGGGCUGUAACAAGGCCUUCAGGCGUCUGUCUCGGCGGUAUCCUUGCAGGCUCUGUGGAGGCCUGGUUUGCCACACCUGCUCUGUAGACUACAAGAAGAGAGAGCGUUGCUGCCCAGCCUGUGCCCAGCAGGAAGAAAUCCAGGUCACCUGACCAAGAGAGCACAAGGAACUUAAGACCAGCCACCCCACCAGUUCACUCUCUCCAUUCCUCUUCCAAACCCUGAUGUCUGGCUACUCUUUUCUUCUGGGAGCUGACACAGGCAUCGGAUCCAAGGCGACAUCCUCCAGCUCCUGCCUUCAUGCUGAGGCAUCCACUGACCCCAC